AUGGACGCCCAGCGAAACGUCAGAAGGCAGGGUGUAAUGGUUGAGACUGGAGGUGGUCGGGGUGGUAGAAAUCCCCAAAACCCCCGUGGACGCAGUAGAGGCCGUGGUCGUGCCCCGAGAGGUGGCCAAGAGGAUCCACCUAAGCUCCGGUUGAUUGGGACCAAAGGUUUGUUGAGAUGCAAGCCAGAAUUGCGCAAUAAGAAGAUGAGAUUCGGAGACUCAGUUCCUGCAUCUCCUGAGGUGCCAGCAAAGCAGCACGUUGUUGGUAACCGUAUGGAGCCUUUAUAUGAGAGGUUUAGGAAGCAAGCACCUCCAGUAUUUCUAGGAGGUCCUGAUGUACUUAAGGCAGAACAUUGGUUGACUGUUAUUGAAAGAAUAGUGAAUUUCAUGGGAGUGGUCGUAAAUGACAGAGUGGCAUGUGCCACGUUCCAAUUUCAGGAAGAUGCCUUGGUGUGGUGGGAGAUGGUAUCCCUCACCAAGGAUGUUGCUAGAAUGACCUGGGAAGAAUUCCGAGAUUUAUUUAAUGCUAAGUAUUAUAAUGAGGCGGUCCGCAGUGCAAAGCGAAAAGAGUUUGUUGAGUUGGUACAAGGCGAGGGUAUGUUAGUGACUGAAUACACGACCAAGUUUGAUCGCUUGGCUAAGUUAGCCUUCAGGAUUGUACCAACAAACUUUAGUAAAAAGGAGAAGUACUUGGCAGGGUUGAAUGCCAAGAUUAAGCACGAUCUGGUUACUACAACAAAUGAUACCACAACUUAUGCUGAAAUGGUUGACAAGGCUCUUCGAGCUGAAGGGGUAGUCAAGUUCUUACAAGAAACUCGAGAGACUACUAGUGCUGGUGGGACCACUACUCUCCCUAUUUCUAGCCCUAGAAAUUCCACUUUGGAGCAAAAGAAAAGAACUUUCCCAUCAUUGGGGAGUUCAGGCCAAAGUAAAAGGUUUCGAGGAAAUCAGGGUAAAGGUGCUACACGAUCUUAUGUAUCAUCGAGAGUUCUUAAUCAACUUGGUAGGCCUAGUGAUGUUUUUGAGAUGGGAUUCGGAAUCCUAUUGCCUAAUGGGGAAUUGAUUAUUUCAAGAAAGUGGGUUAGAUCAGUGUUAAUUAGAAUUGAGGACAGAGAAUUGAGCGAUGAUCUUGUGGAGUUACCAUUGGCCGAGUUCGAUAUGAUACUCAAAAUGGGUUUUUGUCCAAAUACUCUGCUAAUACUGAUUGUAAACGAAAAAUGUGGGUGUGUAGGAUUCCUAGCGAUUGUAGUUGAUUCUAGUAAAUUUGUGUUACUUGGACCUGAAGAGGUUAAAGUGGUUAAGGAAUUCCUGGACGUGUUUCCUGAGGAAUUACCAGGGUUGCCACCUCAACGUGAGAUAGAUUUUAUUAUUGACUUAAUACCUGGGGCAGAACCUGUUUCAGAAGCACCUUACCGAAUGGCACCUGCAGAACUAAAGGAACUGAAUAUACAACUUUAG